AUGAAGGAUCUUGGGACCCUAAUGCUCAAGCCCUUAGAUAAUGGAGGAUUUCUGAUACCCAAAUCUUCGGUAAUGAAGGAUUUUGGUAAGGUCGAAAUACUCAAGCCUUUAGAUAAGGAAGGAAUGUUGAUAGCUGGGUUUGGGGUAAGAAAUAUUCCAGUCAUCCAAGACUGGUGCCCAAUUGAAAACGCCUGGGCAGGCAAUCUAAGGUCUGUGGCUCUGGUUAUUAUAUUACUGAGAGCCGGAAGUGGAUUAGACCCAAAAGCUCUACGGAAGACAAAGUGGGUAGCUCUGCGAUUGGCUCUGUUUCCCUGCCUGGUAGAGGCUGCGGUUUGUGCAGUCGCAGCACAUUACCUCAUCGACUUCCCGUGGACUUGGGCUUUUGUCAUGGGUUUUGUCUAUGCGGCUGUGUCCCCGGCCGUAGUGGUCCAGGGAAUGGUCGCUCUGCAGGAUAAAGGCUGGGGUAGGGCCGAGGGGAUCCCCACCCUGCUAGUGGCUGCCUGUGGGAUAAAUGAUGUCAUCGCUAUCAGCGGAUUCAGUAUCGUGCUGGGAAUAGCGUUAUCAUCAGGUAGUGUCAUUCUCAACGCUUUUCACGGUCCAAUAGAAUUCGUUCUUGGCAUUUUCAUCGGUAUAGUCAUAGGCGUCUUCUUCUGGUUUAUUCCCAACAAAAACAGCAAACAAAUUCUGCUGUAUCGUUUUGUUCUGCUGUUCACUGCUGGAUUGUUCGCAACAUUUGGCACGCGCAGGAUCAAGUUUGCUGGAGCCGGGACCCUGGGAACAUUGAUCAUGGCGUUUGUAGCUGGAAUCGGCUGGAGAAAGAGGACAUGGUCUCCACAAAAUUAUCCAAUUAAGGGCGUCUUGGCCAAAUUUUGGAAGGUGAUGCAGCCUAUUCUCUUUGGCUUGAUUGGCUACGCUGUCUCCAUUGAGAAUCUGAAGAAGGGGCAAGUUGGUCUUGGAGUAGCUAUGCUUUUCCUCGGAUUGGCAGCUCGACUUAUAGUUACAUUUUUUUCCGCAUUCGGACAGAACUUUAACUGGAAGGAGAAACUUUUCAUGGUCAUCGCUUGGAUUCCGAAGGCCACUGUACAGGCUGCUAUAGGCUCUGUAGCUUUAGACCAGGCUACCGCGUUGGGAAAAGGACAGGAUGUGCUAAACAUAGCUCAAGAGGUCCUCACCAAUGCAGCCGUCUGUAUCAUCAUUACGGCUCCGAUUGGCGCGGCUGGCAUAGCUCUGUCGGCACCAUUUUUGCUGAAACCUUCUCCACCGGAAGGAGCAGAACAGAACGAUGUAGAGUCUGCGAAGAAAAGUCGCGAGGGUGUGGAUAACAAAGCGUAUGAGAUGCCCUAUCCAACCGGAAAAGUUCCAGUCGUUGGAAUUGAGUACAAUACGAAAUUAUGAACAUAUAAUAAUUAGGUGUACCGCCUACCACCAAAUUUUGAAGGACAGAAAUCCUUCCUGAAAGUUCCAUGGCACGUGUAUUCACACCUUAUACCAUUUUCCCCCCAGAAUCACGCGAGGAUUAGAGCUAUCUAUACGCGACAGUGUCUCGUUUUGCCAGAAAUUCUGAAUGAUAUAUCUAUAGUUCAUUUGAAAAAAAAUCAUUCACAUUGUUCAUGAGAUAUCGCUAACUCUCUACAUCUUAGAACACAAUGUGUAUCAAAACCAAGAUAUAAUAGUUUUGCGGACACGUUUUAUUGCGCUUUUGUAAGAAAAACAACGUGCAACUGUCUUCUUAACAGUCGUAUAGAUUUGCGAAAUAUCUAUAACAAGUAUCAGAAGAAAACGACUAACCCAUUGACUAACAUUGCAAAACAUAUUAUAUGAAUCCAGAAACAUAACCAAAGCUGUGCGCAUGUUCAGACAGCUGAAUCUAUGAUUGUAGUUCCAAAAGGUCUACUGGCUGCCUUAUAACCAAUAUAUUAAAUUCUAUACUGUAGUACAAUAACUCUUGUUGUGCACAUUUUAUUCAAAUUGCCAAUUUACAGAGGAAGACAACUAUAUACAACAAAUAUUCUACACGUGCACAAACUACUGGUACCAGCCCGUAUUUACUGCCUACGUCGAAUAGCGUGUAACCUGAUGUUUAAACAAAUUCGCAAAUAUCCAUUUCAAGGGGAGCAGAAAUGUACUAAAUGUUUCACGUAGAGAAUCGUCACUGUAUUGUAUAUAAACUAACCAAAUGUUUACUAAAACUCCUACAUGAACUCAACUUUAACAAAGCUGCCCAAAGCUAUGUAUUGUUUUGUUCUAUCAUGUGGUACAUGUACGGUACACUUUUCUGAUGUCUGUUUGCUUAUAAAACACUUUAGUAGUUUGCUAGCGAUCUGUUGUGUAGUGUCCCAUAACACCACAUGUUCCAUGAGCACCACACUCAAAAAAUUAAUCUGUUCAUUUUAACGGAAAGUCUGAAUGAUGCUAGAAUGUAUUCUGUUAUUCUAACACAACAUUCUGUCAUAUUCAACAUAAUAUCCUGUUAGUUUAAUAAAAUCUUUACGCUGAAUUUAUAGAAUAUUUGUUUUCUGCUGUAUAAUCUGCUACAAUAACAGAACACAAUCUAGCAUCAUUGAGACAACAGACUUUCCGUUAAAAUUAACAGAUGAAUUUUUUAAGUGAUGUGCUCACGGAACAUGUGGUGCUUAGCUAUGGGACACCACACAAAAGAUUAAACACUACUAAAACAUAUCGUUUUUGGCCGUAAAGCUUCAGCGCUGGCAUACUACUAAAGUGUUUUAUAAGCAUACAGACAUCAAAAAAUUUAUAGAUUAAUUUGUUUGAGUGCAUUAAAAGGCUGGGAUUGCCAGAAAAAGAAUUUUGUGGGCUAUGUCUGGUUUUAUAUGCUUGCUGGUCCCUUUAACUGAUGGGAGCCGUAACCUAAAUUCCAUCACCAACAGGCUAGUAUCAGCCAGAUUCUUUAAAGCAAUUUUACUCACCAGCAAUAAGUGCAAGAUAUAAACCUGCACUUCUGUACAAGUUUUUCUGGGUGUCACAACAGUAUCGUAUAUACUUGUAUAUAUAUAAUGAUAGAUAUGCUAGUAUUGCAAAUGUAUUUGUGUAUUUGUAACACCAUCGUUGUCUCGUUGUGUCAAUGCUUGUUGCACCGUAUUAAAAUACAUUGCAUAUAUAAACCUGUAUGUGCAUUGGUUUCAAUUUCGUUGUGUAAAUACGAAAAGAUUCUGUAAUACACUUAAAAAAUAAACUUAAAGAAAGUGCCUCAGUUGAGUCGUUGUUCGUGUUAGAUAUGCUGUUUGAAAAGUAAUUCCUCGUUGUGAUCAUUGCAGAUCUAAUCUGUUGGGGUUUUUUUUGGGGGGGGGGGAUGUUUUAUUUGCAUUAUAAUCGACUGUAUUAUGGGUUGUAUUAUAGAAUGGUGUUGUCUAUCGGUCGGUCAGUCCGGCUGUCUGUCCGCCCAUAAGCGUUCUUACCACUGUAUCUACAGAACUGCUUCUCUAAGAUUUACAGGAGUCGUUCACCUUGUUUGUACCUGCAGAACAAAAGCCUGUUGAAAACGAGCCACAUCAAUUUAAUGCACGGUUAUACCCCUCUCUUCUGGUAUAUACUUGUAGGCUUUUUAAUACGAUUCUUUACACUCAACAAAUUACUCUGUUAUUUUAACAGAAAGUCUGUUAUCUGAGCGAUGCUAGGAUGUAUUCUGUUAUUGCAACAGAUUAUUCCGAUAAUUCAACAUAAACAUUCUAUUAGACUAACAGGAUAUUAUGUUGAAUUUGACAGAAUAUUAUGUUAUAAUAACAAAAUACAUUCAAGCAUCACACAGACAACAGACUUUCUGUUAAAAUUAACAGAUUAAUAUUUUGAGUGUAUGUGUUUUAAACAAGUCUUAUUGCAUUGUAUUUUAUUCAUUUGCCAUGAUGAGUGCAUCUUCAGAUUUCGAAACGUUUUCUGGUAGGUGUUUUACCAGAAACUCAAGAAUAUUUCACUUAUGUGACGGUUGUCAGGCUGUGAGGAAACAGGAUAUGAUCUAGAGAUCAAAGCAGACAUUCGAAUACCAGUCACCAACCACAAUGGAUGGUCCGGGUCAAUAAUUAUGAAAUUAAGAAGUUAAAACGAAUUUAUAGAAAGAGAAGCCGUCACUUUACAGUUUUCAGUAAUGACGGGAAAACCCAAGGGAUGCUCUAUGCCAGUGGAUCGAUUCGCUAUCUAAUUAGUGUAUCAGGCUUGUUCAUAAGUUGUUGCUAAUCAAAUUAUGUAUUUCAAUGGGGCU